CUGGAGGCCAUAAACUCUAGUGAGGGCUCUGCAGAGGGGGAAUGCUGCGAGGGCCGCACACCUCUUCCUGCACCCCCUCUUGUGUCACCUGUGCUCACCGUGGAGGAGGCAAGCUUCACCACUGUGGAACUGUGCCAAGAUGAAGAGGAACUAUGUUUGACUGGAACUGAGGGAGGUGUGGAGGAAAUGAGCAGUCAUGAUCCAAACUGCGAAGACAUGCAGAGGAAGGACCAAAGAGUACCAUUCCAGAUAUUCCCCGACCCGGUUGAGGUUGUUCUAGGUCCAGAGACCUCUUUGAUGAGCUUGGACCACGACAGAGAGAAGGAGCGUCUGCCCUCCAUCGUCGUGGAACCCACUGAAGUGAGCGAGGUGGAGAGUGGAGAGCUGCGCUGGCCACCGGAGAACAUAGACAUGGAAGACGACGAGGAGGACCUUUUCUUGGAGCAGUGCAUCCCACCGGCCAACAUCGCCGACUGGGGAGAAGAGGAGGAGGAGACAUCCGUCAUUCUCAACCAGCAGCCAGGCAUGACACUCAUUGACCUCCAGUCUGAUGCAUUCAGAGACGACACUCCAACACUUCCACCAAGCAGCGCUCCGGCCUUCAAUUAA